CUUUCUCUCUCUCUCAUAUUAACCCUCGUCAGCCUCCGCCCACCACAUUUUUAAUUCCCUUUCUCUCUCAAUUCUCAGAUUCGCUCCUCUCUCUCUCUCUCUCUCUCUCUCUCUCUAAACAACAAGCAAAGAUGCGUGAAAUCCUCCAUAUACAGGGCGGCCAAUGCGGAAACCAGAUCGGAUCCAAGUUUUGGGAGGUGGUGUGCGCGGAGCACGGCAUCGAUUCCACCGGCCGAUACCAGGGCGACUCAGAUCUGCAGCUCGAGAGGGUUAAUGUCUACUACAACGAAGCCAGUUGCGGUAGAUACGUGCCUCGGGCCGUGCUCAUGGAUCUCGAGCCCGGGACCAUGGACAGCCUCCGCUCCAGCCCCUACGGCCAGAUCUUCAGGCCCGAUAAUUUCGUGUUCGGGCAGUCCGGCGCUGGAAACAAUUGGGCGAAAGGGCAUUACACCGAGGGCGCGGAGCUGAUCGAUUCCGUUCUCGAUGUUGUCAGGAAAGAGGCGGAGAACUGCGAUUGUUUGCAAGGAUUCCAAGUGUGUCACUCUUUGGGAGGAGGAACUGGAUCUGGUAUGGGUACUCUGUUGAUCUCAAAAAUUAGGGAGGAGUAUCCAGACAGGAUGAUGCUCACCUUCUCCGUUUUCCCAUCUCCCAAAGUUUCCGAUACUGUUGUUGAGCCUUACAACGCAACACUAUCCGUUCAUCAGCUCGUGGAGAAUGCAGAUGAGUGCAUGGUCCUUGACAAUGAGGCUCUCUACGACAUCUGCUUCAGGACUCUUAAGCUCACAACACCUAGCUUUGGUGAUCUUAACCAUCUUAUCUCCGCAACCAUGUCUGGUGUCACAUGCUGUCUAAGGUUUCCCGGCCAGCUCAACUCUGAUCUUCGCAAACUUGCUGUCAAUCUCAUCCCAUUCCCGCGUCUGCACUUCUUCAUGUUGGGAUUCGCUCCCCUCACCUCACGCGGAUCCCAGCAGUACCGAGCGCUGUCAGUCCCUGAGCUCACACAACAGAUGUGGGACUCAAAGAACAUGAUGUGCGCUGCUGACCCGCGCCAUGGCCGCUACUUGACUGCCUCAGCCAUCUUCCGUGGGAAGAUGAGCACAAAGGAGGUGGAUGAGCAGAUGCUGAAUGUGCAGAACAAGAACUCAUCUUACUUUGUCGAGUGGAUCCCCAACAACGUGAAAUCAACUGUCUGUGACAUCCCCCCAACUGGGCUGAAGAUGGCCUCGACCUUUGUUGGCAACUCAACCUCCAUCCAGGAGAUGUUCCGGAGGGUGAGCGAACAGUUCACAGCCAUGUUCCGGAGGAAGGCCUUCUUGCACUGGUACACUGGGGAAGGAAUGGAUGAGAUGGAGUUCACUGAGGCGGAGAGCAACAUGAACGAUCUGGUGGCGGAGUAUCAGCAAUACCAGGAUGCGACAGCUGACGAGGAGGGUGAGUACGAGGAUGAGGAGGGUGAGUACGAGGAUUGAUCGAGGAAGAAACAACCUCAAUGAAUGAUGAUGGGCUGUGCUAUUUUUAGGAUUUAGUUGCUGUUGACUGUGGUUGUAAUCUCAACUCCCAGUUGCGCAACGGCUUGGUGAAAAAACAUAGGGUAACCAAAAAAACUCUAAUGCGUAUGUUGCGUUUUUUGAAUUUGUUUCUGCUGUUUAUCGGGUUCGGGAAUUAAAUUUCUUCAGUUUCUUCA